GUUGACUUAAUGUCUUGGAUUUGAUGAGGAUUUGAUGUUUGUUUCAGUCAUUAGAGACUUGAUUCUGACUUGAGUUGGACUUACUUCUCAAAUACAUAUAACGUUGGAGAGGGUUUAAAGCAUGGUUAACCCAUAAAACAAUAUUCCAAGCUUUUGGACAACUAACAAAAUACUGCUCUGUACAAAUGCCAGAAAAUACACCAUCUACACAGUAAAACAGUGGUGUCAGCAUCCUUCUGUGGGCAUGCUUUUCUUAGGCUGAGAUAAGCUGACCAAGUUGAUGGAUGGAUUGAGCUAAAUACAGCGUAACGACAAUAGAAAACCAGGUUCACAGUGACACUAAACAUACAGCCAAACCUACAAUAAAUUGUUUAGAUCAAAGACAUUUAUGUGCCAGAGUGGCCCAGUCAAAGUUAAGUUCUAAAUCCAACUCAUCGUCUAUUAUGCUCUCCAUCCAAUGCAACUGAGCUUAAGCUAUCUUGGGAAAAAGAAUGGACAAGAGUUUCCGUUACAAGAUGUGCAUAACUGCUAGACACAAUACUGAAAAGCCCUCAUCAGUGAUGCUAGUGCUGAUAACAAAAGCACUCCACACUUAUCAGAUUGCAUUAAUAUGAAUGAAACGUUUUCCUUAAACUUCUCAAUGUGAUCUAUACAAUGCUGGUUUAUCACAUAUGGUCCCGGUACAAUUCUUGGAAGUUUGUGUUUGUAACAUGACAAAAUGAGGAAAAGUUUCAAGGAUGAGAAAAUUUAGGCAAGGCACUGGACAAGUGCAAACAUAUGAAAUACUUCAAAACAAUAGUUUAACAGAUGAACUGAUGAAAUCGAUGGGCAUGGAAAUCUUUUUUACGGCACUGUAACUGCCACCUUAUCUGUCACGCUUGCUCGUCUUUAUCUUUGCCUCUGCUGUCCAAACAUUUUAUUGAGGCCAAACCGAGAAAGCCCAACCUGGUAAACCGAUGUUAGCAAUGUUUCAUUUUUCUAGUUUAAGUAUAUUAUAAUAUAUUAAUAUAUGAAACUCCAUUAAGGCAGUACAUAAACAACAACUUUGAGUCCAUAAUGUCUUGUACAAACUUUUUCUGGAGCUUUAAUCCUCUUAUUUUGAUGACACCAAGCGGAGUGAACGGCGUGCUUGCUCCCUCAGACAUUUCCACUAUGUAGUAAUUCACAACAUACUGUCUCGAGUCACACGGCAGGAGUAUAUAUAGGCUUCUCUGGCGUUCCUUCGCCUGUGGUAGAUCGAACAGAAUCACUUUUAAGGCGGUCACUUGGAGCUCUAUCUAGGGGAGGAAUUUCAUACGAGUGUUUGCUUUUUUUUUCUGCUCCUCUAACGCGUAUUUAUAGUGGCUGUGUAGAGAGGAUCCGAGGCAUGUGCGGUGUGGCCUUCUGCAACCUAUCCAUGUUAAGCGAUGCUGUGAGCUGCAGGGGUGGAGCCAAAUAUGUCUUUCAAUUCUAAAUUACCUAAAUAUAUCCAUCUAAAACACCAGGUUAAAGACAAAAAUGCUAUUAAAAUAUUCUGCGUCACACUCUAGCAUGCAAAUUCAAAUCAUCAGGCCCAAGGGGCUUGCAUGAUCUAGUAAUUAAUUCACACAUCCAUCAUUAAUGAGCUUAGAGUAAUUUGCAUACUUUAAGUAUUUACUAUUAUAAGGCUUCAGUUUAUUUUUUUAUUGUUAAAUUGGCUUUGUUUUCAGUUUACACUACAGUUUACUUUUAAAGGCAGCUUGUCAGUUCAUAAUUUUCUACACAGAUUAAAGAAAUUAUCCAGCCAAGCCAUUAUCAUUCCAUGCAUCUGUCUAUCCAUCCGUUUGUUCAUCCGUCCAUCCAUUUGUAACACUAAACCGUCCAGAACAUGCAAAUUCUUACAACUCGAGAAGAAAUUAGGAGAGCUUAUAAGAGGUAAAGAAAUUAUAUGAAAUAUAUUUAAUUUGGGGGUGGAGGGGGGUUGCCAGCUGAACAUAAACUGUGAUACAUAACUCUAUGGUGCUCAGACAUAGAAAGCUUGGCUACUGCAUCAUCAUGUCCCCCCCCAUAUAGCCACCAUAUAAAUAUAUUUUAUUCUGCUCACAACCCUGUAACAUACUGUAGGUUUGGGCCAGAUGAGAGACUCCUGACUACAGCUUCAAUUCUCUCACUAGUGGAAAACCAGGCUAUUGUCUGACCAACCACAAACCUCCUCUGGACUGAUUAGUGUAAAGGAACCCCAGCUGCAGUGACAGGUAACACGACACAGAUUACUACUCUGUGCUACAGGGGUUUGUGUGCACUCUUCCUAUGGCAUAAAUUAUUAAACAGGCGACUGUAAUCCAUACAGAGCACUGGAUUCUCAGAGUGAUAAUAAGACACCUGAUGCUGAAUGAAGAAUAAGUAAACUCCUGUGCUUUAAAGACAAGACUUAGAUUCCUGGAAGAAGAACUGAAGCACAGAAAAACUUGGUAUAUUAAUAUGUGCUACCCAAAAAUGAACGUAGUUGUAUAUAAAUGAUGUUGGUAAGUUAGUUGCAUGUCUUUUCCUAAAUAAAUUUAAAUUUCACAGUUGUGCAAUGGGUAAAAUAGCUCCAAAGGCUGACAAGCAAAAUGUAACGCAAGCAUUGAAACAACGUUUUAGUUAUAAAGCAAACAAACAAAAAGCGUGUGGUGGUCAUUAAUCUCACAAUCCUUUGGCAUAGUGUUGCAGUAACCCAUGGCAACUGCUUCUGUGUCAACAGAAAUCUUGGACAGCUCCUGCGCUCCAUGACUGGGCAACGUUAUUGGCUGGCUGAAUCAAUGACUUGCAAACUUCUUUAUCUAUUAUGCAUGUCAGUUCAGCUUUACUGUGUUCUUGAACUCAUUCUCAGGUAUACACAGGUGAGUGCCAGCCGUUCAUUGUUAACCAAGGGACAAACAAUCGUCUUGUCACAAAGAAGUUUGGAUCAAAAAUGGAGCUGCUUGGAUCAACUUUGACGACCACAUAUACACGGCCAAAAACAAGCCACUUCCUCCCUGCCAUCUCCACAAUGGCAUCCAGCUAUCGCAACACUCAGCCAGCCUUGGGGUUGAGUCCCAGUGCCAAUAUGUGGAGAACCAACAGCUUUUACAAGAGCAGCAGCGCUCUCCCGUUGACAUCCUCUGCACAGCGGGAUAAUUUUGAUCUGGUUCGAGCCAACACCACUUUCUUCCCCUCCAACAGGACCAUGCUGACGACCCGGUACACCCCAGAUGACUGGUACAAGUCCAACCAUAAUAAUUACCGGGAGUCGGAAUCCUCAAGGAAGAGUGCAGAGCGACUGAGGAAAGACACCAUCAGGUUGAUGCAGGAUAAAGAGCAGCUCACCAGAAGGACGCAGGAAAACACUAGCAAGAACAUUGCAGAAAGGGUCAAUGAUAUCGUAUUCUGGAGGUCUGAGCUCAGCCAUGAGAUUGACAAUAUGGUGACAGAGAUAGCAGCACUCAGUGAAGUGAAAAGAAGGUUGGAGAGAGCCUUAGCAGAGACCGAGGGGCCAUUUCAGGUGUCUCAAGAGUGUUUGUACCACAGAGAGAAGCGGAUGUCCAUUGACCUGGUACACGAUGAUGUAGAAAAAGACCUAAUAAAGGAAGUAGAGGUUAUAAGGUCAUGUCAGGAGAGAAUGAGGCGCCAUCUGGAUAGAGCCGUCGCCCAGCUGGCAUCAAACCGAGGCGCCCAACACGAGUUGGAAAAAGACAUGAGCGACAAAGUGUCUGCUCAGAGGAUUGAUGAUCGGUGUCACUAUUUGAGGAACACAUCGGACGGCAUCGGCUAUUACAGAGGAAUCGACAGAUUAGACCACGCAGUUUCUCUGCCGGACUCGUGGUCCAAAUUCACAGACGACAACAUCCUGCGCUCCCAGAGCGAGCGAGCUGCCUCUCAGAAGCUCAGGGACGAGAUAGAAAUCUUGCUGAACACAACGUCCAACGAAAUGUGGAACCAGUUCAACAAUGUCAACGUUGCCUUCACCAACCGCAUUUCUGAAACGGCUGAUACCAAGAACAACCUGCAGGCACACCUAGCUAAGACUAUGCAGGAGAUUUUUCAGACCGAGAUGCUGAUCGAGUCGCUGAAAAAAGCUCUAAGAGAAAAGGAGAACCCACUUAAAGUAGCCCAAACUCGGCUGGAGGAGAGGACACGCAGGCCCAACAUAGAGCUUUGCAGGGACAACCCCCACCACAGGCUUGUCGGUGAGGUGAGAGAGAUUGAAGAUACCAUCCAGAAGCUUCAGCAGAGACUGCUGGAGGCAGAAAACACUCUGCAGACCCUGGUGAAGACAAAAGUGGCCCUGGAGCACGACCUGUCCAUCAAGGCCAACUCUCUCUUCCUAGACCAGGAGAAGUGCAUGAGCAUGCGAAAGAGCUUCCCCAGCCUGCCCCGCCUGGUGGGGUAUGCCUAAAUAAGAGGUUAAAAAUAAGGCAGAAUCUUUGAGGAACAAGAAGUGACUAAAUAAUAAGGAUCAUUCAUACCAAUACCGGAAUAUAUUUUUUGUGAAAUUUUAUUUAACCAGCAGGUUUCUUAUGGCUUUAGUGAGAAAAUUAUACUGGUUUAACUAUAUAUUUUAAAAAAAACAGUUUAUAUGAAACAGAUAUAAAAAGUGGUGGUAAAACACCACUAUAACUCUCCUAUAACUAAAGUUUGUCAUGGGCACUCUCUGCAUAUAGCUUUUUCUGUUAAUUAAGUCCAUGCUUUUAUGAACUCUGGAUUGAAUUUGACCCUGUUUGAACCUGAAGCAUGGAAGGGAGUCAUUGUUGAGUUGCCCUGUUGUGUUGAUGGUUGUCAGGGUUGGCUAAUAAGGUGUUGCUGGGCUGGCCAACAACACAGAAAGCAUCUUAGAAGCCCGGUCCACACCAACAGCAGAUAACCUGAGCUUUAUGAUCACUUUAUUCUGUUUAUGCAAACAUAACAAUGGAUCAUUUAAAGUUAUUUAAAGUUGCAUUAGAAUUAGACCAACAUAAUAAAAAGCAUGCAGUCUUGAACAAAAGUGGAUUAGAAAUACAUGGAUGAAAUCUCAUUUCAUCCAGUGAAGCUAAAAUUGUGUAUCAUGUCAUCUUAUGAUGUUGAUGUACUAUAUUAUUACAAUCCCACAUAAAUACAAGCCACAUAAAUAAUUUUCUUCCCCACUAUUGUGACUGGUAACCACUGGUAAUGUUAUAUCCACUAGUACCAUGCUGUGGAAUUUUAUGUUCUCACCAAGCCCUGUCCACACUAAGAUUUUCCAAAACUGACAUUUAUUGGCCGUGUUGGCACCUCCCAGCCACACACAAACUAGUUUUUUAGUAAGAUAAACAGUUAUAUAAAUAAACUCAUUCUAAGGUGGGGAUUUUCACAAAACCUUUUGCAUCUACACAUGUGGACUUGAUAUUUGCAGAUCAAUUAAAAUACUGACAACAAGGGCCAUUUUAUUAAUGUCCAGUGUUGCUUUGUCAGCUAGAAACUUCAACAACAGAGGCCUUAAAAAUACUCAGAGUAGUGUAGAUGGGGUCUGAAUAGGGAUGUUUUUUUUUUUUAUAUACAAAAUCUGUUUUAGUGUAAUAACGGCCAUAGAAAAACCUCUUACUAAAUUAGAUUUUUAUUGUGGGAAAAGCAAACCGGCAUGAAAAAGAAACUAUAAACUACUUCCGACAACAUAUUUUGGAGCCAUUAAACUGAAGUCCAGAAAUAGAUCAAGUUAGGAAGGAAGUGAAGAGCACUGGCAGUAAAUAAGAUGUUUAAUCUCAAAUAGAGCUUCCAAAUCAGUGUAUAACACCAGAGAACGUCCAAGCAAUUAAAUGGAAGAAUUUUACAUAUUCACAAAAAAAAUAAUGAUAUUGUCAGAUUUUUAUGAAUGCAUUUGUACAUGUGAGGUUAGAUUUAAAUCACUUUAGCACAUGAGAAAGAUCAGCUCAUUUAUACAAUAGAAACCCUAUAUAUGUGAGAGGGUGUUCUUUUUUCAUUGUAUUUGAAAAUCAGAUCUUAACUUUGGUUAACAGAAUACCCAACCAUAAGAAACCUACUGGUUAAAAAAAUAAAUCACUGACCCAAACGGUACUUAAUGUUAUUGUAAUGUUUAUAGAUUUUGGAGUGACUGAAGAUGGAGUGAGAAAUCUGAAUGUAAAA